AUUAGUGAAAAAUUCAAUCCUUUAAAAAGGAAAAUAAUAAAACAACUUGAAAAAAACCCACUUAUACUUUAAUCAGAUAAUUCUUUUGACACUAUAAAAGUACAUUUUCGGAUGCAAUGAUACUUUAACUUCAAACUUGUGCUUUGAUUUGUCAAGAUUUUAAUUAUGUCCACUCUAAAUAUUCAUAAUGACUGUAAGUCUUCACAAUUUCUCUAAAAAAACACAAAUUUGUGGGCAAAAAUAAGAAAAGUGAAGCUCAUCCUCACUUUUUUUGAGUCGUUUUUGAAGUAUCCUAUAGGACAGAAAAAAGGUAAAUAUUAUAAAUAAAUAAAUAAAGGCUUUAAAAAGAAAGAAAGGGUUGUAAAUUUAAGUUAAAAUCUCAAAUCAGAUUACUAUAAAAAGGUAUAAAAAAGAAGGCUCUUUCAAAAUAAAACAGCUAAAACAAAAAAAAACAAAGAGCAACAAUUUUGACACAACCUUUUGAUACACUUAAAAACGUCUGUUUAUUUCCCUUCAAUGGCACUGAAUGUUCUUUAGAUUGUUUGAUUUAACUUUCCACAUUUUAUUUUCCAUGACUUCUUUCACAGCCUGGGCUUCUCCUACCUUAUCUCCUCGUUGCUUUAUUAUGGACGGAUGUCCUGCUCCAGCGUUUUCAUCCAUGUCUCUGAGCACCUUCGCAGGAUGUGUCCACAUCUCUGUGUGUGUGUGUUUGUGAGGUGGGCGUGUGGGGAAGUUCCUGCACAUCUGUCGGCCGCAUUUCUCUCACUGGCGGUGGAGUAAAGGUUGUUUUUCAGUGUCAGGAGAAGGUGUCUCCAUCUACAAAGAUCAAGUUUUGUCCAGCUUCCUUCCUCUCGGUCCUCAUGGCACGUCGCCUCUGCUCCGAGGCAACAAGCCAGAAGCUUCCGGAUAGUGUUUGGAGGGCUUAUUACCUCCGCAAAAGAGGACAAUGACUUUUUUUUUUCAUCAAAUUUGGGGCAUCACCCCAAAUAAUGUUUUUUUCUAAAUUCUCUUUUUUUCUAAGUGACCUGAUGGAUCACAAAACAUUAGGAGGUCAAUCAAAGUGUAACUAACAGAAUCAAUGAUGAGAACUUGUUUGUCCAACAAUAAGUUGGAGUUCCAGCUUCCUGUUGAGCAGCUUCCUCUGUCCUGGAGAGGCCUGGAGGGCAGGAGAGUUUUCUGGUGGUCAGGGAGGGGGAUGUUCCCUGGAUCACCCCUAGACGGGUCAGGCACGUACCACAUCUCCCCCAGGGUCCUGGUAUAUAUUUUUUCAACGUGGCUCAAAAACACUCCGAGCUUUCCUGCCAUUACUUCUUUCAGAUCCAUGGGGGUUUAGAAAAACUAAUAGCCCACUAAAAAUACCUGGAGCCUGGAGUCUGGCCUUUUCCUGCGCCGCUUCCACUGGACGCGUGGGCCAUUGAGGAAAGAGGAAACAAGCGGCUCUGGUUGUAAGGGAGUUUCCUGUAAGUCGUUAUAAAGAGGCCUCGGCGAGCCGCCUCCCCUCACAGUGUUGUUCUGACCCGGUGGGUGCUCCUCGUCUCUGGUUGCUGACUCAACAGUGAGUCAAGGGUUUGUCGGCCACGAGGUAGACGUUGGUUCUCGUCCCUGCUGGUCGGGGUACGAGUAGGGAGCUGGUCUCACCUAACACGUGUCUGGGACACUUCACUAUAUUUAUUCUUUCAGUUCCACACAGACAGUCAGAUGGAAGCAGUGCAGGCGUACCGGGGUGAUGGAGACCACGUGGUGAGGGCUGACGGGUAUGUGAAGGAGUUCACGCGCCACUCCAACGACGUGUUGCUGAACCUGAACGAGCUCCGCCACAGAAGCAUCCUGACCGACACCACCCUUGUGGUUGGCAGCGUGCAGCUGCGUGCCCACUGCGCCGUGCUGGUAGCUUGCAGUGGGUUCUUCUACUCCCUGUACUCGCGGCAGAUGUUGCGUCAGGGGCGUGGUGGCGGUGGGGAACAGCUCAUGACUGUGUCUCUACCAAACACCUUGGAUCCAUCUUGUGUCUCUCUACUGCUGGACUUCAUGUACACCUCACGCCUCCCUCUGACACCAAGCAUGGUCUCCGGGGUACUGGCCGUGGCGGCCUACCUGCAGAUGGACCACGUGGCCGACACCUGCAGGGAGUUCAUGCAACUGCACUGCACAGAGACUGUGACUGCUAAAUCCAUCCAUUUUGAGCUGGACUCCAGGGUUUGUGUUGCAUCCGUGACCCCCAAACGGAGGGAUCUGCCCAGUCCAGGACUCCAGCGGUCAGUCCUAGUGGAGAACUUCAGGCUCCCUGUUGUCCAGAGCUCUUUCCAGCCAGGGGCUUUCCUGACCUGCCAGCCCAACUCAGAAGAGCUGAAAGAAGGCCAUGAGUCAUCUCCAAAGAGCCCUGCUUGCUCCAGCUGCCAUCCCAACUCCCCAGCCGAGUCCAGCACCUGCAGCAAGAACCUUGAGGCCAAAUCAGACCAAAGUGAUUCCACACUCACUCCAGACCCAAAGGCUUGCAACUGGAAAAAGUACAAGUACAUAGUCCUGAACCGCCUCUGCUCAUCCACUAAAGUGAAAGAGGAGACGGAGGAGCUCCAAUGUCAACCUUCACCAGAUGCUAACAGGAUGAAUUGGACACCAAAAACAGCAACAGAGGCGUGCCCUGGAGAAGUGCCUAGCCAGAUUGAUAGACAGGGGCAGGCCUCCUGCUACGAGGGUUCUGGCCGAGCCCCUCCCCUCGGGCCACCUCCCUCAGAGAAUCAGUCAACAGUGUCUUCCUCUCAUAAACAUGAACCAGCUUCUCCAGUCUCACCCAAAUUGCCUCAAUCUGAUCCAGAAACCGCCCAAAUGAGCCAACCUGCCAUGGAACACAAAAACAACCGUGCGCCCUAUUUCUAUUCCAGCGCCGUUCCAGGAACCAGAUCUAUCUCAUCAGGAGAAAAGCCGUAUCACUGUAACGUGUGUGGAGCUCAGUUCAACCGACCGGCUAACCUGAAGACUCACUCCCGCAUCCAUUCUGGAGAGAAGCCGUAUCGGUGCGACACCUGUGGCGCUCGCUUUGUCCAGGUUGCCCAUCUCAGGGCUCACGUUUUGAUUCACACGGGGGAAAAGCCCUACCCGUGCCACACCUGCGGCACACGCUUCCGCCAUCUGCAGACGCUAAAGAGCCACCUGCGCAUCCACACCGGAGAAAAGCCCUACUCCUGUGAGAAAUGUGACCUCCACUUCCGACACAAGAGCCAGCUGCGUCUGCACCUGCGGCAGAAACACGGGGCCGUGACCAACACCAAGGUCCGCUACAAGGUGCUGACCGAGCCCUUCCAGUCUCUUCUGCAGGCCUGCUGAAGAAAGGAAGAAACCAACCACACCAAGCAUUACAUCAAAUGAUUUAUGCCAGGAAAUGUUAUGACAAAAACAUUUUUCUGUCUUUGAGUGAAGAUGGUAACACGGAAGGUCAUUCUAUUGUUGGAAAAAGUGGAAGUUGUGUAGAGAGAGGAAAGGAAUGAUAAUCUAAUGUUAGAGAAGGAUUUGUGUAAGUCUUUUUAGGGUUUGUGAAGAGUUGUAAAGAAGGGAAGAGUCCAUUAAAGUGAAAAUAAAGGAAGCUGAGAAUGUGUGUGUGUGGCAGAUAAGAAAGAUAAGGCAAGUAAAGUCACGUUUUUGUAACUCUUGUACCAGUUAAAGUAAAUUAAUGAUUUCAUGUGAGCUGUUUUUAAUCUGGCAAAGCACUUGGAAAGUUUUUACUUUUUAAAAUAUAUAUAUUUAAUGCACAACUGUGUAAAAUGUAUGGCCUGGGGCCCUUUAACUGUUUAUUAUAAAACACUUUUGAAUGCAUAUUAUCUGUGGACACGGUCCAAGCAGGUCAGGGACUUAGUUCACUUGUUUUGAAUUUAAUGUGUGAAAAUUGUUCAAAACAUCUAAAUGCAUUGAUUGAUUUGAUAGUUAGUGAUAGUUUUAAAUUUGUACUUAAGUUUAUUUGCAGGGCAAAUUGGAAUUAAAGGAAUUUGAUACCA